AUGGGGGAGAGGAACAUGAUGACCAAGAUCUUCAUAAAGAAUGAAACUUUCGGAGAAACGGUGAAGGCGAUGGCAGAGGAGAUCAACCGAUGCAUCGGAAUUACACCGCUGAGAGUCAAACCAAUCGGCAAAUCAGGCAGACUACACCUACUGCUCUUUGAAAACAAAUACACCGUGAGACAUAUUCUCCACGCCUUUGACACGUCGCAGAGGACUAUCUUCUGCGCGAAGAAGAACAAGGCUCAGCCAUACAUGGAGAAUUUAGCUCAUAUUAACCAGUGUAAAAUUGUUAUGCCUUCGACCAUACGAAGCACUCGUACGGCACCAAAAAGAAUCCAACCAUGA